AUGCUGCUGUGGGUGCCGCAGGCGCUGCUUGCCUUGCUUCUGCCCACGCUCCUGGCCCAGGGAGAAGCCAAGCACAGGCGGGGCCCCCAGGCCCGGAACGCCUCCAGGCCAGCUCUGCUGCGGCUGUCAGAUCACCUCCUGGCCAACUACAAGAAGGGUGUGCGGCCUGUGCGGGACUGGAGGACGCCGACCACGGUGUCCAUUGAUGUCAUCGUCUACGCCAUCCUCAGCGUGGAUGAGAAGAAUCAGGUGCUGACCACGUACAUCUGGUACCGGCAGUACUGGACUGAUGAGUUUCUCCAGUGGAACCCUGAGGACUUUGACAACAUCACCAAGUUGUCCAUCCCCACGGACAGCAUCUGGGUCCCAGACAUCCUCAUCAACGAGUUUGUGGACGUGGGGAAGUCUCCAAAUAUCCCGUACGUGUAUGUCCGGCAUCAUGGAGAGGUCCAGAACUACAAGCCCCUCCAGGUGGUGACCGCCUGUAGCCUCGACAUCUACAACUUCCCCUUCGAUGUACAGAACUGCUCGCUGACCUUCACCAGCUGGCUGCACACCAUCCAGGACAUCAACCUCUCCCUGUGGCGUCUGCCGGAAAAGGUGAAACUGGACAGGAGCAUCUUCAUGAACCAGGGCGAGUGGGAGCUGCUGGGGGUGCUGACCCAGUUUCAGGAGUUCAGUAUAGAAAGCAGCGACUGUUACGCAGAGAUGAAGUUCUAUGUGGUCAUCCGCCGGCGGCCCCUAUUCUACGCGGUCAACCUGCUGCUGCCCAGUAUUUUCCUCAUGGUCAUGGACAUCGUAGGCUUCUACCUGCCUCCGGACAGUGGCGAGAGGGUCUCCUUCAAGAUCACGCUCCUCCUGGGCUACUCGGUCUUCCUGAUCAUCGUGUCCGACACGCUGCCGGCCACGGCCAUCGGCACGCCCCUCAUCGGUGUCUACUUCGUCGUGUGCAUGGCUCUUCUGGUGAUCAGCUUGGCCGAGACCAUCCUCAUCGUGCGGCUGGUACAUAAGCAGAACCUGCAGCAGCCAGUGCCUGCCUGGCUGCGGCACCUGGUCCUGGAGAGGGUCGCCCUGCUCCUCUGCCUAGGGGAACAGUCGACUUCCCGGAGGCCUCCAGCCACCCCCCAAGCUGCCAAGGCCGAUGCCUGCUCAGACAUGGCAAACCACUGCAGCCAUUUGGGGGGAUCCCGGGACUUGGAGAAGACCCCGAGGGGCAGUGGCAGCCCUCCCCCACCGCCGCGGGAGGCCUCCCUGGCGGUGCGUGGGCUGCUGCAGGAGCUGACCUCCAUCCGGCACUUCCUGGAAAAACAGGAGGAGAGCCGAGAGGUGGCCCGGGAGUGGCUGCGCGUGGGCUCCGUGCUGGACAGGCUGCUCUUCCGCAUCUACCUGCUGGCGGUGCUGGCCUACGGCGUCACCCUGGUCACGCUCUGGUCCGUCUGGCAGUAUUCCUGAGUGGGUCCAGCCCAGUAGGGGGUGGGUAAUGAGGCUGGUUAGGCCGGGGAUGGGGGAAUUUCAGGGCCCAGGGGAUGCCAGGGACCUUCUCAAAACACAUAAACAGUUCCAUGCCUGUUUCCAAUGCCAAGUCUCUCAGCAAUCCCGAGACAGGGCCUUAACCCUUCCCCUAAAAACUUGGUAUUUAAGGCUCUCACAUCCUCCACUCUCCUACAGGCCCAUGAUGGCUUUAAAACACACUAUCUUAGAUCAGGAGAAAUCCACGCAUGCCCUGACUUCACUCUAUCUAAGCAUCAAGCCUCAGUUUCCCCAUUGGCGCUCCCCUGAAUUGGCACCUUGGAAUCUGCUCACUCCCUCAGCCUCGUUUUGAGAUGGAAGGUAAACCAGCUCUCUACCACACGGGCCUGAUAACUCUGCAUUAGGUUUAGCCAACCCUAAUGUCU